ACGGCUCCUUUGCGACGUUGUGCGGCGAGGGGAGGGGGUGAGGCGAGCGAACGCGAGACGUUCAGAAGAGUUCCCUCAGAGGCGCAGUGUGUACGGGGAAGGGAAAGAGAGAAAAGUUAUCCAAAAAUCUCGCUUUUAAUGGAUUUACCCGCGCGAAACAGACACCGUGAGAACGAGCGAGUCAGGUUUAUUUAACGUUUAGGCGCCAUUUAUUAGUUUUCUUCCUUUUUUUUUUCCGAAAGCGAUUUGAGAGUUUUUUUGGAGUCGUGAGGUAAAAAAGCUCGCGCUCGCGACGCUUAUGAGGAUUCCACACAGAAAAAGAUGGGCCGAUUUCCCGGUGUAUCUUCGGGCAAAAUCAUUUUAUUCGUCGUUUCCUGCGUUCAUCUUUCAUACGGCCUGCAGUGCGUGGAUCUCGUGAACCCAUGUGUGAACAAUGCGAGCUGUGUCACCUUCACCAACGGAACGGGAUACUGCAAGUGUCCUACAGGGUACCUAGGUGAGUACUGCCACCAUAAGGACCUGUGUCAGCCAGAAUACUGUUUAAAUGGAGGAAGCUGUAGGAUGGUGAGCGGUCUGCCCAGUGCCCUUGUGUGUGCGUGUCCGCCUGGGUUUAAUGGCCCACGCUGUGAACAGCAAAUCAACUCCUCCUGUUACCCCAAAAACCCUUGCAAGAACGGGGGCACCUGUUCCCUUCUGUCUACUGACCUGUACAUAUGCAAGUGUGCACUAGGAUGGACAGGCAAACACUGUGAUCUAGUGGACAGCUGUGUGUCUUCUCCGUGUGCCAACGGAGGAGCCUGUACCUCUCUUCGUGAUGGAACGUUCUUCUGCACGUGUCCUUCUGGCUAUGAUGGGUCUCGCUGCCUGAACGACGUAGACGAGUGCGCACUGGAGCCGGCAAAAUGCCUUAACGACGGAGUGUGUGUGAACGUCCCUGGCUCGUACCGAUGCAACUGCGCCACCAGGUUUACAGGCUCCAACUGCGAAAAGCUGUACAUUCCCUGUUCUCCGUCACCCUGCAUGAACGGUGGAACCUGCAGACAGACGUCUGAGACCAGCUACUGGUGCCACUGUCUUCCAGGAUUCAAUGGAACGAACUGCGAGGUGAACAUCGACGACUGUCCAGAUCAUCAGUGUCAGAAUGGAGGAACCUGCAUGGACGGAGUGAACACCUACAACUGCCAGUGUCCUCCUGAGUGGACUGGUCAGUUUUGCACGGACGAUGUGGAUGAGUGUCGCCUGCAGCCCAACACCUGUCAGAACGGCGGCACGUGCAGCAACACGCCCGGAGGCUACACCUGCGUGUGUGUGAAUGGUUGGAGCGGCCCGGAUUGCUCCGAGAACAUCGAUGAUUGUGCUGUGGGACCCUGCUCGGCCGGCUCCACCUGCCUCGACCGCGUCGCCUCCUUUUUCUGCAGCUGCCCCUUCGGCAAAACCGGUUUGCUGUGUCACAUCGAUGAUGCGUGCAUUAGUAACCCGUGCAGGAAGGGCUCUCAGUGUGACACCAAUCCCGUGAAUGGCAAAUUCAACUGCAACUGUCCUUUCGGAUACAGAGGCAGCACCUGCAACGAUGACAUCAACGAAUGCACCAUCGUGAACCCUUGUGAGCAUGGUGGCACGUGUGAGAACACCGAAGGCUCGUUUAUUUGUAAGUGUGCACGUGGUUAUAUGGGUCCCCGGUGCGAGCAGGACGUAAAUGAGUGCGGCUCAAACCCAUGCCAGAAUGAUGCCACUUGUCUAGACCAGAUCGGUGAUUACACCUGCAUCUGCAUGCCAGGCUUUGAAGGAGUCCACUGUGAGAUUGAAGUGGACGAGUGCACCAGUUCUCCAUGCCUCAACAAUGGAAAGUGUAGGGACCAGGUCAGCCGUUUUGUCUGCGAGUGUCCUCAGGGCUUCACAGGAGAGAUGUGCCAGAUAGACACUGACGAGUGUGCGAGCACGCCCUGCCAAAACGGAGCCAAGUGUAUCGAUCAGCCCAACGGAUAUGAGUGCGAGUGUGCAGAAGGUUUCACGGGUACCCUGUGUGCGGAGAACAUUGACGACUGUAACCCAAAGCCAUGUCACUAUGGGGUGUGUAAGGACGGCAUUGGUAUGCACACGUGCGAGUGUUACCCGGGUUACAUGGGUCAGAUCUGCAGCGAGCAGAUUAAUGAGUGCUUAAGCAACCCAUGCCAGAAUGGAGGGCGCUGCAUCGAUCGGGUCAACAAGUACCUGUGCCACUGCUUACCCGGAACCUCUGGUGUGAACUGUGAGAACAACCCAGAUGAAUGCAUCAGUAACCCCUGUCAGCAUGGAGCUUGUGUGGAUGGAAUUAACAAGUACAAGUGUGAAUGCGAGCCUGGAUACACAGGCGAGCGGUGCAGUGUGGAGAUAGACGAGUGCAGCUCAAACCCGUGUCUCAGCGGAGGGACAUGUGUAAAUAAAGUAAAUGGGUUUGAGUGUCAGUGUCCUCCGGGGACUCACGGCCUGCUGUGUCACUCCGGAGCAGAUCACUGUGCCCCACAACCCUGCCGUAAUGGGAAGUGUGAGGAGGUGCAGAAUGGGUACCGUUGUGUGUGUUUCCCUGGCUACGAGGGUCAGAACUGCGAACAGGAGAAGAACGAAUGCGAGUCAAACCCCUGUCAGCAUGGAGCAGCCUGCCUGGAUGCUGUGAACUCAUACACCUGCAAGUGUCUGCUUGGGUAUACUGGUGUGAAUUGUGAGAUCAACAUUAACGAGUGUCAGUCAAACCCCUGUGAGAACAAGGGCACCUGCAUUGAUGGAAUUAACAGCUACACCUGCAAUUGCCCUCUGUCUUACACAGGGAGCCACUGUGAGGUUGAGUUAGUGCCGUGUGCGUCUCUCCCGUGUCAGAGAGGAGGUGUGUGUCUACCAUCGUCAGAUUACACCUCCUACACCUGCAAAUGCCCCAGUGGAUGGCAAGGAGCCCAGUGCACAGAAGACAUCGACGAAUGCAAGAAGAACCCAUGUCUGAAUGGUGCUCACUGUCUGAACAAUCAGGGUAGCUACAUGUGCAGCUGCCAGCCCGGUUACAGCGGCGUGAACUGCCAGACUAACAUUGACGACUGCAGCUCCAACCCCUGUAUCAACGGAGGCUCAUGCGUAGACAAGGUGGGCCGGUUUUCGUGCGAGUGCAGGCCGGGGUUCUCUGGUGAGCGAUGCGAGGAGGAGGUGAACGAAUGCGAAAGCUCCCCCUGCAGGCAUGGAGGAACUUGCACGGACUUUGUCAACAGCUACACAUGCCAGUGUCGGCCCGGCUUCAGCGGCAUCAACUGUGAGCGCAACAUCCCCGAGUGCACUGAGACCUCUUGUCUGAAUAAUGGCACGUGUGUGGACGGCAUAAACCAGUUCACCUGUCGAUGUCGUCCCGGUUUCACUGGCUCGUUCUGCCAGUACGAGAUUAACGAGUGUGAAUCGCAGCCAUGCAGAAAUGGAGGCACCUGCAACGACGGCCUGGGAACUUUCCACUGCUCCUGUCCUAUGGAGUACACCGGUCGAUUCUGCCAGUCACUGGCAGAUCUCUGUAGAAACAUCCAGUGCAAGAACGGUGGCGAGUGUGUGCAGCAGGAGACAAAGUGGAGUUGUCGGUGUCCUCAGGACUGGAGUGGCCUCUACUGUGACAUCCCAAACAUCUCGUGCCGUAACGCCGCCUUGAAGAAAGGUGUAGCAGUUGAGCAUCUGUGUCAAAACGGGGGCAAGUGUGAAAACAAGGAUAAUACACACUACUGCUUGUGUCAAAUGGGCUGGACUGGCAGCUACUGUGAGACAGGGAUUGAUGAAUGUCUUUCCAGUCCGUGCAGGAACGGGGGGACGUGUAUGGACUAUCAGGGAGGAUAUGACUGCAAGUGCAAACCUGGGUAUCAGGGUGUGAACUGUGAUUAUGAUGUAAAUGAGUGCCAGUCGAACCCGUGUCGUAAUGGAGGCACCUGCGUCAACUUGGUGAACCACUUCUACUGCUCCUGCCCACCAGGAACCAAAGGUCCCCAGUGCGAGGUGGACAUCGACGAAUGCUCGACUGAGUUUGGCCCUCCCUGUUUGAAUGGCGGUCGCUGUUUGGAUGGUAUCGGUCAAUACAAGUGCGUGUGUCCUCCCGGUUUUACCGGCGAGCGCUGCGAAGGAGACAUUAACGAAUGCAGGCCUUAUCCUUGCCACAAACCCGGCAGCAUCGACUGCGUUCAGCUAGCCAACGACUUUCAGUGCCGCUGUCGCCUUGGUUACACCGGUCGCCUGUGUGAAUCGAUGGUAGACCUCUGUCAGUCGAAACCCUGCCACAACGGAGGCAGGUGUUCUAUGAACACAAGCUCAGUCCAUGGAUACAGCUGCUCGUGUCCACCUGGCUACACGGACUUCAACUGCGGUGAGAUCGUGGGCCGCAGUUGUGCCAGUCUCCGCUGUCAGAAUGGUGGACAUUGUCAGGAGUCCCAAUCCAGCCGAGUGCAGUGCGUCUGUCCAUCUGGCUUCUCAGGCCCAUUGUGCGAAAACGUAACUCCAUCCUGCUCCUGCCAAAAUGGGGGCGUGUGCAUGAAAGAAAUGAGCAAACCUUACAGGUACUUUUGCCACUGUCUGGUUGGCUACAGUGGUGAGCACUGCCAGCACAGAGACCCGUCCUGUCCUUAUGUGGAGUGUCAGGGGCGCAGCAGUGACGGGGUGUGUGACCCGCAAUGUAAGACGUUGGAGUGCGAAUGGGACGGAGGAGACUGCACACUGAAACGGCUCAACCCCUGGGAAAACUGCACGGCCAACGUGCCAUGCUGGGAGUUCUUCCAUAAUAAGCGCUGUGACCCCGAGUGCAACGUUGCCGGCUGUCUUUUUGACAGCUUCGAGUGCCACAGCAACCCCACGUCGCCCAGCAAGUGCAAGUAUGACGAGUACUGUCGUGACCAUUACCAGAACGGCCGCUGUAAUGAGGGCUGUAACACAGAGGAGUGCGGCUGGGAUGGUUUGGACUGCUCCAGCGACAAGCCACCUCAGCUGGCGGACGGCACGCUGGUCAUCGUGGUGCUGCUGCAGCCCACAGAGCUGCUGGGAGAUAUGAAAGGCUUCCUGCGCUCACUGGGUAUGCUGCUUCACACCAACCUGCGUGUCAAGCGCGACGACAAAAAGGAGCUGAUGAUCUAUCCGUAUUACGGUGCCGACCACGAAGACUCGCAUGCCGGCACCCGCACUGCCAAACGACUCGGCAAGAGGGAGCUGGGGAAUGAGAUUAUUGGGUCAAAGGUGUAUCUGGAGAUUGAUAAUCGUCAGUGCACUCAAACAUCCACUGAGUGUUUCUCCAGCACUGACCUUGCUGCCUCAUACAUCGCUGCUGAAGCCCUCAAAGCUGAGCUGCAAUAUCCUGUCUUAUCUGUGGAGAGUGAAUCAGGCUUUAUAGUUCAACCACCUGCCAAUCCUUUGUUUUACCUCGUCGGCGUGGCGGUCGCUAUCAUGCUGCUUAUCCUGAUUUUGGGCGUUUUGGUUGCCAAACGUAAACGCAAGCACGGUCUCCUUUGGCUGCCAGACGGCUUCCUAGCCAAGAAGGACAGCAAACGAAGAGAGCCCGUUGGCCAGGAUGACUUCGGCAUGAAGAGCCUACAGAAGUCACAGAUGGAUGGCAGUGCUGGUCAUCACUGGCCAGAGGAGGAUCUUCUGCCCAAGAAACCAAGGCAGGAAGACAAACCGUUGUUGGGAGUGGAUGCAGGAGUGGAUCGUCGCGAGUGGACCCUGCAGCAUUGUAAAGCUGCCGAUAUCACCCUCACGCCACCUCAGGCUGACAUCGACAUUGACUGUCUGGAUGUCAACGUGAAAGGACCUGAUGGUUUCACUCCUCUAAUGCUGGCGUCUCUCCGCGGCGGCAGCAGCCCCGAGUGCGUUAGCGUCUUAGCAGAAGAGGAGGAGGAAAGCGGAGUGGACGAACCCGGAACGAACAUCAUCAGCGAUCUGAUUUCUCAGGGUGCCACACUCAACUCUCAGACCGAGCGCACGGGCGAGACGGCUCUUCACCUGGCCGCUCGGUACGCCCGCGCCGACGCUGCCAAGAGGCUGCUGGACGCUGGAGCUGACCCCAACGCUCAUGACAACAUGGGUCGCACGCCGCUGCACGCGGCCAUCGCCGCCGACGCUCAGGGAGUGUUUCAGAUCCUGAUACGUAAUCGUGCCACAGAACUGGACUCGAGGAUGAACGAUGGAACCACUCCUUUAAUUCUGGCUGCCAGAUUGGCCGUAGAGGGUAUGGUGGAGGAGCUGGUGCACUGCCACGCGGAUGUAAACGCUGUGGACGACCAUGGUAAAUCUGCCUUGCACUGGGCCGCUGCUGUGAACAAUGUAGAAGCCACGCUGGUGCUCCUGAAGAACAGCGCCAAUCGAGACAUGCAGGACAACAAGGAGGAGACGCCGUUGUUCCUGGCGGCACGUGAAGGCAGUUUCGAGGCGGCACAGGUCCUUCUGGAUCACUAUUCGAACCGUGACAUCACUGAUCACCUAGAUCGGUUGCCACGUGACACCGCUCAGGAACGCAUGCAUCAUGACAUUGUCCGCCUGCUCGACCAGUACAAUCUGGUUCACAGCCCACAUUCUGGACCGAACCAUGUAGGAAACGGUGGGGGCGGACACUCCAUGGUCUGCAACAGUAAUGGGGUCAUUAGAAUGCGACUGGGACAGCAGAACAAGAAGAACCGGCGUGGUGGUGCCACCAAACUCGGAGGCCCUAAUGGCACCGGAGGCGGAGUCAAAGAUCUGAAGGAUAUGAAGACGAAGCGGAGGAAAAAACCAGCUGGAGGAGAAACGACAGGAUUGGCUGCAUCCAGUGGUAACGUAGCAACCGUGACUGCUAACACUAAUGGCGCCAAGGGAGCAGCGACGGCGGGCACUGGUGCUCUUUCGGAAAGCUCAGUGACAAUGUCGCCGGUGGAUUCGCUUGAAUCGCCCCAUUCCUACACAGCAGAUCCUGCAGGAGCAACUAACAUGGCUAAAUCACCUCCGCUGAUGAACAGCCCCUCAACCCGCCCGCUCCUGCCCCCUGUCAGCCACAUGCUAGGGCAGCAGCAGAGCUGGGUGGGUGUGCCUAAGCACGGCUAUUCCACCCCUCAUGUUUUCAGCCACAUGCUUUCCCACCAGAUGACGCCGGGACACUCAGGCCUGCCCCAGCCCCAUCACGGCUCUGGGAUUCUCAGGCCUGUCAACGUCUCGGUGAGUCGAGAGCAGCUUCCAUCCAUUGUCACCUUCCAGAUGAUGGGCUAGAACCAGGCACAUCACAAACCUAACCCGCAGGCUGGCAUGCAGGUGAGCCAAGCCCAUACCCAGGGUCUUAACCACAUGCACUGCAGCCCGGAGAUGAUGUAUCCCAUGCAGGAGACGGGGCCACAGCAUGGAAUCCUUCGCCUUCAUGGUCACGGCCAUGAGUCUCAGGUUAGGCAGGUGACGCUGUACCAACCGCAGCUACAGAGCCCUGUGGAUAAAUACCCAACUCCUCCUUCUCACCGCAGCUACGCCAGCGGUGCUGGGUCAGAGGUGGUGACUACUUCGGGUCAGGGCUCUGAGGUCACAACUCCGGGUCAUGGAGCUCCACCCUCGAGUGAGCACCCGUACCUGACGCCAUCGCCCGAGUCACCAGAUCCCUGGUCCUCUUCGUCUUCGCCUCACUCGCAUUCAGACUGGUCUGACGUUACCACAAGUCCGCACGGCGCACUGCACACGCACGCGCACCCUCACACACAUGCACACCUCACGUUCCAGAGCAGGCUCCCCUCCUGCAGCCGCAGCCCUCCCAGCCAGCGCAGCCGCCACCUCAGCAGCAAGCCUGCAGCAGUGUGUACGCGUAAUAGCACAGAGGAACUGCUUGGCGCUGACUGUUGUGUUUAUAUGCAAUUUAACUGCAUAAAUAUGUUGCCUGUGGAAAGGCAAAAUCUGUUUCUUCUCUCACACACUGCUCUGUAUUUUUUAUUUUUUAUUUUCUAUGCAGAUAGUGGUUUUUAUAUGCAACUUUUCUUUCUGCUGAUGCAGAGAACGAAUCUUUCUCGUUGCUCAGUCCAACUUUGGAUGGAUUAAUGCUAAUACCCUGUUUACACUCGUUAGUUCACGUCAUGGACGUUGGAUUUUGCAAGUGCGAACAAAUAUGUCAUCAAAUGCAUUUCUUUGUAGACAAUCCAUACGGCUAUAGGUUUAUAUCUGUAGAACUCCGAUCCUUAAGAUGCACGAGACAAGAGUAAAAAAAAGUCGGUCGUUUAUUUGUACCUGUGGACAAUCUUUGAAAGCAAAGACACUGAGCUGGACUUAAGCUUUUCAACAUGGUGGCCAUUUUGCCUCGGCUUUCAUUUUUAAACCCUGAAGGAAAUCUAAUCUCCAAUAAAGUGAAACCACUCUUUCCAAAGCUUAUAUAUCGAUAACAAUGGACUUACUAACCAGUGUAAAUGUUUUUUUUUUUUUUUUUUUCGUUACGUGGGAUGGGUUAUAGUUACAUUUGAGCUAACACUGCCUUGUUAUUGAUUUAGUUGUUUGUUUUUUGUUUUGUUCUUCACCAAUGUGCACGUCCAGACCCUUUAACAUUGACGCAACUUCUUCGUUACGGUGAUAAGUCUUAGCGUUUCUGUUUUAUUUCGUAGUUUUGACAGCAGCCCACCGGCUCAAAUUCUAGCUGUUGUGAUGUCGCACAGGCUCCUGUUUUUACCCAUUACAGAGACCUUGUGCUUCGUUGUGAUCGUUUUUUUAUUUUUAUUAAUGGCCUGGAGAUUGCGAUUCUCUGUAGGACAAGUUCAUCACUAUCUGCUCUGUUGAGAAGAAUUUCCAAGUGUAUUCCAAAAAAGGAAGUCCCCCGUUUAUUUUUAUUCACACCAGCAUGCGGUUGACUCCAGGAAUUUCCAGACCAAAUCCCAGAUUUCACCAGAUCAGCGGAUAAUGCUAUUGUACAGCAUUCAGUGCAUGAAAGAAUGUGGAAAAAAAACUCUAUUGUUCGGUAAUUUCAGUGGGUUUUAUUAUAAAAUCAUAUCCAUGUAACCCCUUGAUAUUUUGGGAAUAUUGAGUAGAAAAGGAAUGAAACAUUCUUGUGCUGUGCUGUUUUACAUUUAGUGUCCAAACCAGUGUCUACACAUCUGAAGUUCUCUCGCCUACCACUGGAGACUCCUUUCACAAAUCGUCUUACAGAAAACAUUGCACUCGUGAUUACACACUUUUACAAACAUAAGUCCCCAUAAACAAGCUGUUACUAUGGAAACAAUGUUACUAUAACAGGAACCCUCUUCUGACGAAUGGCCACACCCCCUUAACCUAAAUCUGAAGUGACGAGUCAGCGAUUUGUGUUUCUAGUAAUCAUUUCAUUAUAUGAAAUUGGAUAUUGUGUCAGGAUCCUGUUCCUGGAACCGAACGAGAGGAAAUAAGUGUGAAAUCAGACACCUAAGGAAAUGUGACUGUCAUUAACACGGUGCAGCAUUUCAUUAGCAAAGGAGCUUAUUAGUAGGGCAAUUUUUUAUUUAGUUUUAAAACGUGCAUCGUUUGCCCCUCCACAGAAUAAUAUUCAAUCCAUUUGAACCAUUUCUCAUAUGUAUAAUUUUUAAUUUUUUUGUUUAUUUUAAAUCUUUUGUUUUUUUGUUUUGAAGGUGUAACUUUGAAUAAUUUGAAUAAUGUUGCCUUUUUUAUUAUUAUUAUUGCAAUUUAUAUCGUCUAUAUAUCUAUCCAGCUAUCUAUCUUGUUUGGCGAUAUGAAAACCCUGCCUUCAAUUUUUUUCGUUUUCUUUUUUGCAAGUUUAAUCUUAAUUUUUUUUGGUCUUAAACAGAGCUUUAUAAACCUGAUUGGUACAAUCAUUACUAUAUAUAUUUUUUUUUACGCAUCGUAGUAAUUUAGCGUCCUGAAUACACUUUUUUUUUUUUUCUUUUAUAACCAAAAGUAUUUUUUAACCAAAUCUCUCUUUCUGGUGAUUUAUGUUGCAUUUUUAUCUACAGAUUUUAACAGGUUAUCAUUAUUUUAUCACACGCUUACAGGAGCACACACACACACACACACACACACACACACACUGGUGUUAAUGAAAUGGUGCAAAAUGUCAUAUCGCAUAUACACUUUGUGGCACUUAAACCAUUGUUUGAUUUUCUUUUUCUGCUUCUUGAAUGAUGAUUAUAAUCUGAACUCAGAGAGCAGCAUGUGUCCCUGUGAAUAAAUGUUUUUUUUUUAUUUUUUUUAUUAAAUGUUGUAUAUAGAUUUUAAAUAGCAAUGUACUUUCUUUUACUCUGUUCAUCUAAUACAUGCCUGUUUCGCUGUUGCUAUAUGAAGUUUGUAGCCUUUCAACUUUUUCGUAGAAGGACGUCUUUUUUUUGCAUACAGAACAAAAUUUAUGCAGCAAAACCAAGCAGACACACAGAUGACGCCAAUAAAGAUGAAAUACGCCAUAAA